GAGAUUCCGAACCACUGUCAGCCAGGGGCCUCAUCGGGGCGAUUCACGUCGAUUAUCACAACGAGCAGCCUUGGCGCAAUUGCCAACCAUCGCGGUGUCGUUUCUCUACGAUCUAAUCUGUGUAUAAAGGAAGGUCACUCGUUCGCCCGCUCUGUCGUUGUUGAGUGCGCAUCAAGAUCACCAGUCACUCAGUCCACCACCAGCCGAGCUCUCACUUCAGCUUCAUCACCCCAUUACUAGCUCUCCCCACACCGAGAACUUGUUGCUUGCUUCACUUCCCCAAGCCUUCAAAAUGAAGUUCCAGCUCGUCACCGCCGCCGCCGCCGCGAUCUUUGUGGCCUCGGUCUCUGCCCUUCCCGCUCCCGUGGUCGACAACCACGGCCUCAUCCCAGACACCGACAACUGGGUUGAGGAUGGCACCAUUGAGGCCAUCCAAACCCGGGAUACGGAGGACGCGGAGAUCUUCGAGGCUCGCGACGUCGACGCCACUGAGGACCUCGAUGCCCGUGACUCGGAUGCCAUCGAGGACUUGGAAUUUCUGGAAGCCCGCGACGAGGAUGUCACCGAGGUGACUGAGGAAUCCAGCGAGACACUCCAAGCCCGAGACACGGAUGAGGUCACUGAGACCCUCGACGUGCUCGAGGCCCGGACCAACGAGGUCAGCGAGGCGGCGGCCAACUUCAACUUCACGACCGACUUCAACUUCGCGCUCGACAACGUCCUGAGCCAGAUCGAGGGGAUCCCCGAGGAUGUCCUCCAGCAGGGCGACGAGGCGCUCCACAAGUGGCUGGUGGACCACGGCAUCCGCGCGGGCGACGAGAAGCUGAAGCGCGACACGGAUGGCGGCGAGGAGGCGUCCGACGAGGAGGGCCUCAGCCUGCUGGAGCGCGGCGAGCUGGUUGCGCGCGCUUCGUGGUGGAAGAUUGCCAAGUGCGUGGCCGCCAUCGUCCAGCUGCUCGCGACCACGGCGGUGCCGGCAGCCAAGCUGCUGCGCAUCAAGAAGUACAUCGAGGAGCUCGGCGGUGCCAAGCAGGCUGUCGAGCUGCUGCUCAAGGCCACGACCAAGUCUGAGAAGCUCAAGGCCGGCGGCGAGGCGCUCGUUGCCCUGUCGGCCGAGCUGCUCGGCAUCAGCAGCGUCAAGAACAACUGCUUCUAAAACAUGGAGGCUGUGAAGACGAAUGGUAAAGCAAAACGGGCCGUGGGCAGUGGGUCGGAGUUCUGGAAAUGUUCAUUUGGAUGGACGGGAAAUCUGAACAAGGGAGGUUGGGAGUAGGGAAGGUAACACGCUACAGCGAGCUGCGAGGUGUAGAUGCAACGGUAGGAUCGUAGUAGAGCAUCGGAAUGUAAAGAGAGUGCGUUGUUCUAGUAUAAAGGAAAGCUAAAGACUGAACAGAGCGUGGUAUAUAUAUAUCUAGGAGUGGGGAAACUAUAGCCAGUGUAUUAUACCAAGCUCUAAGCCCCUUACCCCUAACGUAAUAUACCCCCUAGUUAUUUAACAGAGC